GGAGCCUACAAGAACGGGUGUCUCCGAUCCUUUUGUCUCCUUAUAUGGUAAAAUGAUAGCGAGGGGUUUCGCUGGGCUGGGGAAGGCAGCAGCCUGCUUCCACACCACGCUGCCUGCAGAGCUGAAAUGAGAAGAGCUGCUCUGGGCAGGCACUAGGAAGCCCCGGCUGGCUGUACCGCUCUCCUCUGCAGGCAGGCCGGUGUGCUCAUUACCCAUUUGUUAAUGGACGUGAUCCCCUGCCCCUGGUCCGGGAGGUGACACUAGCUGCCCGCUGCUGCUCUAAUAGCUGGUCUCCAGACACCAACAUGACUGAACGCUUUGACUGCCACUACUGCAAAGAGUCCCUGUUUGGCAAGAAAUACAUCCUGAGGGAGGACAGCCCCUACUGCUUGAAAUGCUAUGAAAACCUCUAUUCCAACACCUGUGAGGAAUGCAAAAAACCUAUUGGUGCUGACUGCAAGGAUCUGUCUUACAAGGAGCGCCACUGGCAUGAAACCUGCUUUCACUGCUUCCAGUGCAAGAAUUCAUUGGUGGACAAGCCUUUUGCCGCAAAAGAGGAACAUCUACUUUGCACUGACUGCUACUCCAACGAAUACUCUUCCAAAUGCAACGAGUGCAAGAAGACUAUUAUGCCAGGUACUCGGAAGAUGGAAUAUAAAGGCAACAGCUGGCACGAGACUUGCUUUAUCUGCUACCGCUGUCAACAGCCAAUUGGGACAAAGAGUUUCAUCCCGAAAGACAAUCAAAACUUCUGCGUACCCUGCUAUGAAAAGCAGUUUGCUAUGCAGUGCGUCCAGUGCAAGAAGGCUAUCACUUCAGGAGGCGUUACUUACCGGGAGCAGCCCUGGCAUAAGGAGUGCUUUGUUUGCACUGGAUGCAAGAAGCAGUUGUCUGGACAACGCUUUACCUCCAGGGAUGAGUUUGCGUAUUGCCUGAGCUGCUUCUGCAACCUUUACGCCAAAAAGUGUGCUGGAUGCACAAACCCGAUCAGUGGUCUCGGAGGAACCAAGUACAUCUCGUUUGAAGAGCGGCAGUGGCAUAAUGAUUGCUUUAACUGUAAGAAGUGUUCUCUCUCGUUAGUGGGCCGCGGCUUCCUAACAGAAAGGGAUGACAUCCUUUGCCCUGAAUGUGGAAAGGAUAUUUAAAGCUCAAAAUAAGAGGCAGGGAAGAGAGGCAGAAAGCCGCGCUUGCAAUUUAUAGCCUGAAACACACAGAUAUUUGGAAAUAGCUUUGCCCUUCCGUGUUGCGCUAUACUAUUAACAUCACUUAACCUUCCUAUUCAAACUCUCCAAGUACAGAGGGAAAACAAUUUCAGAAUCUCUAGUAGCAGUGAUGGUGUUUAAGAUUUCUGUAGCUAACUAAAACUAAUGCAAAACCUGAGAUAUAAAACCAUUUGGGUGUUACUGACAUAAUACACUUUUUUUUUCCCAUUAAAUAUUCCAGUUUAAGCAUCUGAGUUAAGUUACGAGCAAGUGAUACAGUUCAGUGAUUACAAUGGCCACAUGCAAUAAAUUCAUAGAUGGGUAUUCAGGGUGAAGCCCCCAGCCUGCUGAAAUUAAUGGCAAACACCACUCAAUUUCAAUAAGGCUGUGGUCUCACCUCAGUGUUCUUGAGCUAUGUGACUAGUGUGUGCUGUCAAGUAUGUAGGAAGACUACAGGCGUAGAGGGUGUGUUAAUGUACAAGGAUUUGUGCAAUGUCAUAAAGAGAUAACGAUAAAACAGUUGAAGUGGGAGUGCUUCAUAACAUACAUAUUUUAUUGCAUGACUAGCUGAUCAUCGUGUGAAGUACAAGCUCUGAUUGACAGUGUCAGUAUUACAUUUAGUCGACAUUACACUGCACAUUGUAUUUUUCAAAAUAAAGUCAUUUAAAACAAAAUUGUUAUCAUGGUUUAACUGCAUUUACACACCAGAUAUUUACAAAUAAAAUGCUUUCACAGUCUUAAGAAACAGAAUGGAAGAGCCACACAGACACAAUCCUUUUUGCAUGCCCAAGUCACUAUGAAAUCGCGGAGUUUAAACAAUCCAUGUACAAGCCCUGCUGAUACAGCAGUCUUCUACUAACUGCAGUCACGGGGAAAGUUAUCAGCAAAACCAAACUAUGCGAAAAUACCGAUUUGAUUGCAGCUGAUAAGUGUGUUCAUAGGCUCUGAACUCAAAACCAAAGUAUUCUUUCCAGCAACCACGCUUAAAAAAAUUCAAACAUUUAUCUUUGCAAAAAGUCAGAAGUUUAUCUUCUGACUGGGGCAUGCUUUAAUUUUAUUACGUAUUGCAAUUUGUAAUACCCUUUUCUCUAGCAUCAUUUCUGCUACAUGUUUGCUACAAAGACAAUAAAACUAAGAUGACACAAUCCACGGGAAGACAACCAUCUUCCCAAAACACAAUGUGGCCAUGUUAUGCAAUGCACAAACCCAGUAAACCUUCCCCAUGGAAUUUGCUUGUAUCAUGGAAGAGGAGGAAAGUAACAUCCCUUUUCCAAUGGGAAUCUUUCUUUACUGUGAGGGUGGUGAGGCCCUGGCACAGGCUGCCCAGAGAAGCUGUGGACGCCCCAUCCCUGGAGGUGUUCAAGGCCAGGCUGGAUGGGGCUUUGGGCAACCUGGUCUGGUGGGAGGUGUCCCUGCCCAUGGCAGGGGGCUGGAACUGGAUGGUCUGCAAGGUCCCUUCCAACACAAACCAUUCUGUGAUUCAGUCAUCUUCAAAUGUGAAAUGCAGAAUUAGGAGUGUACUUGCUCUGUGUGUAACUGGGGAAGGUAACUUUGCUCCUAGUUCAUGCCACCAUUCUCAAAUUCGUCCUUUUUUAGUACCAAGGGUACAGUAGUCACAGGUCAUUCCUCUCUCAUUACUUCAACAAACUACACAGUUGCAUUGGACCACACUUGUUUUACUGUACAGUUGGAAGAACUUGGCUGUCUGAUAUUUCUGAAGUGCACACCCUGCUAAUCUGAUCCCACUAGAUAAUUAAAAUCUAUCCUGUAGUGACUUCAUUCUGUGAUGAAGGCUGCAGUCAAGAACAUCCAUAAAAAUCUCCCGACAUCCACACCUCCCAAAGCCGGAGAGCGCCCACCUCAUUUAGCCUCCUCUGGGGUUCUGCCAGUCUUCCAGCACACUGCAGCUCUGCUUGUGUACUUUGCUGAGAGAAAUACUGCUGCUAUCUAAAGGAGCAGCAUAGGGUAGUAAGAAGAGCAUGGCUUGCACCCUACAAAAAGGUUACAGCAGAAAGUAGAAUGGUCCCAGCUUUGGGGAAAGGUAGGUGAAAUAUGGCAAAGCUGGAAAGCGUAUCGGCCUUAAAACAAGACUCUUACCAUGCAACGGCAGCAUCAGGCUGUCAUUCCAGUACACCUCUGCAAAGCACUCCUUAACAAUACCAACACACACACACUCUUCCAGCAACUGGAACUACAACAAAAUAAAACCUCGGCUCUAAACCACUGCCAAGAAGCCACCCACAAAACAGAACUCCUACUGGUUACUGCAAGGAGCAGCACUUCACAUGGUACCAACUGCUGCUAAAACUCCAAAGUAGCCACGGAGCCUUCUACCCUGUAAGUAUUUCUUAAGUUCUAGUCACUUGAAUUCCACUGAAAUAUAACUGCAUAAAAUGGACUGGUCUAAUUACAUCAUAAAAACAAGUCGGAACUACUUGGUUUGCUUUUAACUGAAUUUAUUUAAAUAGGAUAAGGCUACUUAAAAGACAACUCUUUACAUACAAAAUGUACAUUACGUUAAAGUUUGCUGUACUCAAGUACAAAAACUGCACAAGUGUUUAGUAAAAGGGAAACAGCACACCAUAUUUCAAAACACACAUUCUUACCAUUUUACAGCAUUCAAGAAGUGCCUUUUAUGUCACAACAGUGAAUGGACAACUGUCAGUAAUGAAUUAAGCUACAAUUUUUGGUUUCAAUACUAACCAAUUAAAAAAUGUAAACAAGCCUUCAGACCACUACUGACAGCUUCUUUUAGUCAGUUAACUAAGUGGAUUCAGAAGUAGAUUUUUUGUUUUUGUUUUACUAAGUCUGGAAGUAUUAUUGUUUUUUACCAUUCAUAUCUAAAAUGGAUCAGGCUUCAUCCUGAGCCACUGAGAUUUAAUAAAAAAGUUGCCAUCAACUUAACUGGAUGCCUGCCUUAUAAGGCACUACCAAUAAUCCAGAUGAAACCUCAAGUUUCACAGAAAACCAACAUCCACCUUAAAUGAUCAUAAGGGAAGAGAAUAAAAUAUGCAUUUUUUAAGAGUGCAACUACAUACACUAAUGCUCUCAAGGUGGUACUUUGUCUUCCUGACCCUUUCCCUCUCCAACUGUUUGUAAGUUGAGAAAGCACUGGCCUGCAUUCCACAGGUUUUCCCCAUAUUUUAUGAGCAUGAUUAUAACCAGGAAAACAAGCAAAUUUGCUAUAUCGGCACAUUUUUACACUUACAUGUGUAUAAAAUAUGCCUGUGCGUACUAGAGAACAUGGCACUAAUCCAUUCACUACUUCCUCUCAAAGAUUCGUAUCAGACAGCCUAAUAACGUACUUCCGUCUGUGCAUUUCUUAUUUCAUAAGUCAAUAAGAGAAACUUCAAUUUGAAGUAAUGCUGUUAAAUAGUUCAUCUCUUAUUACCAACUUAACCUGCCCCGUAAAUUCUACACUCGUGUUCCGUGCAACAAAAA